CCUAAAAGGGUUAGGGACUGACUCCUAAAAGGGUUAGGGACUGACUCCUAAAAGGGUUAGGGACUGACUCCUAAAAGGGUUAGGGACUGACUCCUAAAAGGAUUAGGGACUGACUCCUAAAAGGAUUAGGGACUGACUCCUAAAAUGGUUGGGGACUGACUCCUAAAAGGGGUAGGGACUGACUCCUAAAAGGGUUAGGGUUAGGGACUGACUCCUAAAAGGGUUAGGGUUAGGGACUGACUCCUAAAAGGGUUAGGGUUAGGGACUGACUCCUAAAAGGGUUAGGGACUGACUCCUAAAAGGGUUAGGGACUGACUCCUAAAAGGGUUAGGGACUGACUCCUAAAAGGGCUAGGGACUGACUCCUAAAAGGGUUAGGGUUAGGGACUGACUCCUAAAAGGGUUAGGGUUAGGGACUGACUCCUAAAAGGGUUAGGGUUAGGGACUGACUCCUAAAAGGGUUAGGGUUAGGGACUGACUCCUAAAAGGGUUGGGGACUGACUCCUAAAAGGAUUAGGGACUGACUCCUAAAAGGGUUAGGGACUGACUCCUAAAAGGGUUAGGGUUAGGGACUGACUCCUAAAAGGGUUAGGGUUAGGGACUGACUCCUAAAAGGGUUAGGGUUAGGGACUGACUCCUAAAAGGGUUAGGGUUAGGGACUGACUCCUAAAAAGGGGUAGGGACUGACUCCUAAAAGGAUUAGGGACUGACUCCUAAAAGGAUUAGGGACUGACUCCUAAAAGGAUUAGGGACUGACUCCUAAAAGGAUUAGGGACUGACUCCUAAAAGGAUUAGGGACUGACUCCUAAAAGGGGUAGGGACUGACUCCUAAAAGGGGUAGGGACUGACUCCUAAAAGGGGUAGGGACUGACUCCUAAAAGGAUUAGGGACUGACUCCUAAAAGGAUUAGGGACUGACUCCUAAAAGGAUUAGGGACUGACUCCUAAAAAGGAAUUCUAGGCUACCAAAGGAAAGGGUAUAUUUUUAUAUUCAUAAUUGUUGAUCAUUUUCUUAUGUAUUUUAUUUUUUUUACAAAUUAUAUUUCAAUAAAGAAUAUUGUCUGUUCACUUUUGUUAUAUAAUCAAAUCAA